AAGCUUUGAUCCGCUGCUGUUUGUUUACGUUGUCUGAAACCCUAAAACUCACCGACCUAUAACAAUCCGGAAAAUCAUUAUCAAAAGCUCUCGAGCAUGAACAAGGACGUUGCCUAAGGCUAGAGUCCAUGAGGAAAAGAUGCUGGUUACUGCAACCUCACACCUCCUACAUCAGCGCACUUUAGCUCCAACCAGUCUUCCUCAGAUUCGAUCACCAUGUCAAGAUUUUUGACGUUCAGAGGUUUUAGGAAAGUUGCAAAUUCCUUUGUUACAAGCCAGAAACACAGCUGUCCAGAAGCGGACAAGUAUGGGACGUUUGUUAGAGUUGGCCUCCGUCUUCCCCAAUACAGAUUCUACAGGGACUAUACGUUUCCUGCUAGAGGAAAUACCCCAUUCUCAUUGUACAAUACCGCCAACAUUUUUUACCGGAGUAAUUAUUCCAGGAGUUUUGCGGUCAUUCCAGCAAGAAGUGCAGUGAGACAUCAUGCUCAACUCGCUUGGAAAAGGCUCUCCGAUAGAUUUUCUUUUAAUGGUCGUGGAUUUUCAGGUGUAAUUAAUAUUGCUCAAGCUUUCAGCUUGGCUGUAACCCGCUCUAAUCUCAUACUUCCUGGUAUUUUUGCCAUCACAAGUGGGAAACUAGCAUGGGCGCAGAGGUCUUUUUCAGAAACGGACUACCACCCAUCACCAAAUACAUUGUACAUGCGUGCACAAGAUGGACAUGCUUUUAUGACCUCAUUAGUGUUUUCAGUUUUCGAAGGUGCAAUCUUGGUUAUGAGAGCACUCUAUCUAGGGAUCUUGUUCUCACCCAGUAUAAUGAUGGCUGCUUUUGCUGACUGCUGUGGACCUGAGUUUAGGAGAUUGUGGCUUCAUGUUGUUCACCGUACAUUGGAAUUGGCAGGUCCAGCUUUCAUAAAAUGGGGUCAAUGGGCAGCUACACGGCCUGAUCUCUUCCCGAGAGAUUUAUGCACCAAGCUCUCAGAGCUUCACACCAAAGCUCCUGAACAUAGCUUUGCCUACACGAAGAAAACUAUCGAACGAGCGUUUGGCCGCAAGCUCCCUGAGAUUUUUGAUAAUUUUGAAGAGAAACCAGUAGCAUCUGGAAGUAUUGCUCAAGUGCAUCGAGCUACUUUAAGAUUUAGGUACCCUGGUCAACAGGUGAAGCCCAUAGUAGUUGCCGUAAAGGUUAGGCAUCCUGGUGUUGGUGAAUCGAUUAGGAGAGAUUUUGUUAUAAUCAAUCUAGUAGCAAAAAUUUCAAAGUUCAUUCCUGCUUUAAAGUGGUGGAGAUUGGAUGAGAGUGUACAGCAGUUUGCAGUUUUUAUGAUGUCUCAAGUUGAUCUUGCAAGGGAAGCUGCCCAUUUGAGUCGCUUUAUAUAUAAUUUCCGUAGAUGGAAGGAUGUCUCUUUCCCCAAGCCUUUGUAUCCACUUGUGCAUCCUGCUGUUUUGGUGGAAACUUAUGAACAAGGGGAAUGUGUCUCACACUAUGUCAAUGAUCUUGAAGGCCAUGAUCGGAUUAAAUCCGCACUUGCUCACAUUGGGACACACGCACUUUUGAAGAUGCUCCUGGUGGACAACUUUAUUCAUGCAGACAUGCAUCCUGGAAAUAUCCUUGUCCGGGUGGCUCAGAGCAAGUCUUCUCGGAAGCGACUCUUCAAAUCAAAGCCUCAUGUCAUUUUCCUUGACGUAGGCAUGACUGCUGAACUCUCUAAAAGUGAUAGAGUAAAUUUAGUGGAAUUUUUCAAGGCUGUUGCUCUUCGUGAUGGGCGUACUGCUGCUGAGUGCACGCUCAGACUAUCAAAGCAACAGAAGUGCCCAGAUCCGAAGGCUUUCAUUGAGGAAGUGGAGGAGUCAUUCGCUUUCUGGGGUACUCCAGAAGGUGAUCUGGUCCAUCCUGCUGAGUGUAUGCAGCAGUUACUGGAGAAAGUUAGGCGUCAUAGAGUCAAUGUUGAUGGCAAUGUCUGUACUGUCAUGGUAACCACUUUGGUUCUUGAGGGAUGGCAGCGGAAACUUGAUCCCGGGUACAAUGUCAUGCAAACGUUGCAAACACUGCUUCUCAAAGCUGACUGGGCAAAGUCCCUUUCCUACACGAUUGAGGGGCUAAUGGCUCCGUAAGAAGGUCUUGUCAGUGCUAAUGCUACGAUUACUAAACAAUUUUGACAGUUAUAAAAUCCAAAAUAUACCAGUCCCAAGAAGUGGACAUGAACAUUUAGAUCUUUAUUUAUUUCAUUUUUUUUUUUAUCUUUUGGGUUUUGGAAAUUGCAAUACGUUUUGAAGGUUCAAUAAUCCUUCUGUACUUAGUUUGUUUUUAUCAAAAGCAUUACUGUUUUUGAAGCCUCACAAUUCACAAGCAAAAACAGUAGAGAGGUAAAAGACAGAAAUAAAGUGAUUCUAUUCAUUUAUUUUAGAUA